GGGCUCCGUGCGGCCUCGGGAGCUGAGCUGGGUUUGCGGCUGGAGCUGAAGCGGAGCCUGGAUUGUCACGGCCCCAGUGCGGGGGAUCCAUACAGGGAGCUCCUUUGUGCUGUGUAAAGCACCUCACGCUGAGCAGCAGCUGCUGCUCUCAGUGUUCUGGCGUCUGCUGUCUCAGUUUAAAGCUCUGUGCUGCUAGCCAAGAGGAAGAGUGGAACGUGAAGGGGACAGCAGCAAGGUCGUGGCAAUACUGCAGAGGUGCUGCCAUCCAAGCACAUGGCUCCAGAAAGGCACCUCUGGUUCCUAUGUGCCACGUGAGGACCUGUUGGCUUCUGUAUGACAAACACGAGUCAUGUGAAUCGGAUUCAGUACCCAGUGGUCCGGUCGGUGCAUAGCAGGGAUGAUAACCUGGGCAGAACCUGAUGUUAUUGCAAGAAAGGGGCAUGAUAUUCCAAAGGGAGAUUGAUAUUUUCAAGGAGGAUCGAUAGCGUGAGGAACAGCCUUCAGGGAUGUGGAAAGGCUGGAGCACAUCCAGCUCACCAUUUGUUGAACUGUAAGGGCUGAGUAUGGGGUAAGAAAUAUUGUAUGUGGAUGAUACCAUUGAGGGAGGGUUUGAUGAGUGGAUCUGGUGUUGUUCACAGCUCCUUGGGCCCUGAAGUGGGAGGUGGCAGUACAAAACUGGAGCAAAGCAACACAAUCAGUGCGGUGUUAAAUCUUGUACAGAAUUCAGCUCAACAGCCCUGAUUCUAUGUCACGUUUCAUCUUUGUUUUUUUUUUUUUGUCUGGCCACAUUCACUUGUGGUUUUGGUUUCAUGUCCCUUUGAGCCUAACAGUCACUCAACUUUCUCAGCACCACGUCACAGAUGUGGUUCACAAGCCAGCUGCAGCCCAACCAGCUCCUUUCCUGUACCUGCUCUCAUGUAACCCUAGGUCUUCACACACCAUGUGGUUCAGCCACAGACUGAGGCUGCUGGUGGCCUUGGUCACUGCCUGGGUCACCCACAGCAGAUGCGAAGAGCUGGCCUCACCACCCAGAGGUCCUGACCAGGAGGGAGCCAACAUCUCUCUUAAUUUAAUGAUAUUAAUCAAACCUUGCUACAUCAGGUUCUAGGAAUUUGACGCCUUGGGAGCAUUGAACCAGAAUCCUAUCCUCUCAGUCUGUCCGUACAGAAGGGUUUGCAAAGAUGGAACAGGGAGAGGAAAACAAGUGUGCUUCCUUCGUCUGCUCUUACCCAGGUAAGCUAUAUCUUAGGAAGGUGAUUCUUUUCAGGCUGAGCCUUUUGAACUGGUGCAAAUAGAGCUCUAGGAAUGGAUAUCUUUCCCUCAACAGAGCAAGGGUAGGUCUGCCUAGCACCUGGUCUGUUUCAUAGGGCUUUUCCUGAGUUUCAUCAGCGAAGUUCCUCACCAUGCAAAGUGUGAAUGUUCACUUCAAGUCCUGUUUGGCCCAUGAGAUGAGCCGUGUGAUAGGUCAGUGCAGCAUCAGUGUUGGUGCCCAGUCUUGUACAGUUUCCAUUGAGACUUCUUGUGCACCUGGCCACUAGGGCCGGCUGACUGACUCCCACCUUGAGACUGUUGUGUUCCUGACAAAGCCACACAGGGACCAGCCAGAGUUAUUUGCCACUCAAAUCCAAGUCACCUUGCCUUCUUUUGUGUCCAAAAGUAAGGCACCUCUUACUCUGCUUUCCCAGCUGUGAUGACACUUCAGGAUGCGCAGGCUUCUUGGUUGUGUCUUUCCUGGCUUGAAUACAGUAGCUGCCGAAAGGCACAUUGAGAGCAGCCACAUCUCCCUGACGUUGUCCAGCUCUUGGUCAAUCUGUGACUGUGAAGUGAGGGUCCCCGUGCUCUAUUUCCUUCUCUUCUCCAUUGUUCAUUAAAAUGACCAUCCUGUUUUAAGGCAGGCCUACCCCUUCACAGCCUGCUUCCCAUCGGGAGGCGAUCUGAUUAUGAAAUCAUUAGCCCUUGAGGAAAAAAACUGUUUUCCAAGAACUUCCUUUAGGCCUCCCAGUGGAAAAACCUGCGUUUCUUAUCAGGCUUGCCAGGCACAUGCAGAAGCUUGACGUAUGAGCAAACAGGCAGCGGCCCCAGGGCCUCACCCCCCCCCACCCCCGUGUUGGCCACCAGGCCGGCCCUGCUCCUUGCCAAUGAGUUGCCUGUGGGCUCUGAGCCCUUCUUUGACCUUCACCAGUGGUGCCACCACAGAGCCCCUGGGGGGCAUCAUGGAUGUGAGUGUGGCUGUUGAUGUCUGCAGGCCUGCUUGUUUUGGGGAAGUCCCAGCAGCAGCCCUGGGAAAGAGGAAGAUCUGCUUUUGGCCAAUCUCGGAACCGCUCAGCCUCUGGAUCUGCGUGUCUGCCCUUGCUGGUGGUAGAAUCAUAUGGUAGUUAGGCUGAAAGAGACCAAGUUACGGAAUAAAAGUUUCACAACACAUAUCCUGAUCACGAGGAUUUCCCCAAUUUGUGUUUUUUAAAUGCAAUGAGAGCAUUUGCUCAAAACUUCCUCUGUUCCCAGCAGGAAGACUGCCAUACGGGCAGGCUGUUGUCCCCUGCGUGGUGGAUAUUGGGCAUCUCAGCCCUUCUACCCUUACCAUCACCUGCAAGACCCUACCAGGCUGCUCUCCCUUCCUUUCUCUGGUGCAGUUAGCAUCCAUCUUCCCAUCUCCACUUGCAGGAAGUGGGGCUGAGGCUGGUGCUUGCUGCCUUAGGCUCCCUCUGUUUUCCUCCAGUGCCCUGUGCACAGGACAAGGUGACCGUGCCGGCUCAUGCAUGUGGCACCACAAUGCCCGAACCGGAGCUGGGCACCUCUGACGCAACCACGUGUGGGUGACCUCUGUGUUGUCCUGGCCAGCAGCAUCCCAAGUGGGUCCCACUUUUAUCCCCUAAUUGGUCCCAGUUUCAUCCUCCACGUCCCCAACCAGCCCCGCAUCUCCCACAGCCUCCCCGUGGCACUGCAGGAUGCUGGGAUGUGUUUUUCCCCCAGGCUGAGCCUUCCCUAAGCAUCCCAUGCCAUGGUGGAGGAGAUGGCAAGCCAUCAGCUUGACAUUCCCCUGGUGUCCUCUGCGGACAUUGUGAUAACUCCCCCCUGACCGUUUGCCUUUCUUAUCGGGGCUGCUGGCCAAACAACCAUGGGGCUGUAUAUAAGGAGCUCCACUGGGGCACCCAGCACAUUCGGCGCUUCACCGCUGGCAUUGGCAACUUGCUACCAAGAACCACGAUGAAGCUGCUCCUGCUCCUCGGCUUGGUGGCCCUGGCCCAAUGCCAUGUCCACAGGGUCCCGUUGAGGAAGGGGAAGACCCUGCGGCAGCAGCUGAAGGAGCAUGGCUUGCUGGAGGACUUCCUGAAGAAGCAUCCCUACAACCCGGCCUCCAAAUACAACCCUGUCCUCGCUGCCUCUUCCUCCUUUGAGCCCAUGCAGAACUACAUGGAUACUUCGUACUAUGGCACCAUCUCCAUCGGCACCCCGCAACAGGACUUCACCGUCAUCUUUGACACUGGCUCCUCCAACCUGUGGGUGCCCUCCGUGUAUUGCACCAGCUCGGCCUGCAGCAACCACAAUCGCUUCAACCCCUCCGAGUCCUCCACCUACGUGAGCACCAACGAAACCGUCUACAUCGCCUAUGGCACCGGCAGCAUGAGUGGCAUCCUGGGCUAUGACACCGUCACCGUCUCGAACAUUGAGGUCCAAAAUCAGAUCUUUGGGCUGUCUGAGACUGAGCCCGGCUCGUUCUUCUACUACUGCAACUUUGAUGGCAUCCUGGGCCUGGCCUUCCCCAGCAUCUCCUCCUCUGGGGCCACCCCUGUCUUUGACAACAUGAUGAACCAGGACCUGGUGGCCCAGGACCUCUUCUCUGUCUACCUGAGCAAGGAUGGGGCAUCAGGCAGCUUUGUCCUCUUUGGCGGCAUCGACUCCGAUUACACCACCAAUGGCAUCCAGUGGGUCCCACUCUCUGCUGAAACCUACUGGCAGAUCACCAUGGACAGGGUCACCGUUGGCAGCGAUUACAUCGCCUGCUUCUUGACCUGCCAGGCCAUUGUGGACACCGGCACCUCGCUGCUAGUCAUGCCCGAAAGUGCCUACAAUCGCGUCCUCAGUGACCUGGGUGUCGGCUCCAAUGGCGAGGUCAGCUGUGAUGCCAUCAGCCAACUGCCUGACGUCACCUUCCACAUCCACGGCCAUGCCUUCACCCUGUCACCCAGCGCCUAUGUGCUGAACGAGGAAGGGACCUGCAGCCUCGGCUUCGAGAACAUGGGCACCCCCACCGAGUUGGGUGAGCAAUGGAUCCUUGGCGACAUCUUCAUCCGCGAGUACUACGUGAUCUUUGACAGGGGCAACAACAGGGUGGGCUUCUCCCGCCUGUUCUGAGCCCAUUCAGCCCCUGGCUACGCCAGCCCCCACGCUCCUGCCCCCCACUGCCGCUGUCACUGAGCACAAUAAAGCCUUGGAAACGCAUCCAUGUGUUGAGUUUCUC